AUUAACUAUAUUGAAAUUAUCAACCGACAAGGGACACUGCUACAAAAAAUAAAUACAAAAAAUGCCGCUAAAGGCCGUUUGCAUUGAGUUGCGCCCAAAUUUAAGCAGCGGCCAUGUCUUCCUGCAGUUCGAUCAAGAGAUUCGCGGUCGAAAGAAAACGCGCCUCAUCAUCAAGGAGCACGACGUGCACAUUGUUGAGAACGGUGGAAGUCAACUGGUGCUGCGCCACGAUACCUUCGGCAUGGACAUACAACGCAUUUCAGUUUUCAUUGCGAACGGCUGUCACAUUAGCUUUCGCUUCAACUACACCACACUGGAUGUGGAGGCACUGGAGAAGAGCAUCGCCGUCCCGAUGAAACCACAGCCGUUGCUGCUUGGCUUUGAGGAGCACUCGGAGCAACUAGUGGCGCUGCAUUGCAACAAUUGCCGGAGCGAACUGGUACCCGGCUGCAGCUACAAUCGCUUACGCGAAUGCCCCAGUGGUCUGAUCGAUCCCAGCGAGUUCUUUUGCCACAAUCAUGGCGGCGCAGAUAAGCCGACCGCCACAUUGGUGCCCGGCCCCAAAGACAUCUACUAUGGCCUCAAUUACAUUGUGCUCAAUAUGAGUGUGCUGCAGGAUCGCAUCAUGAAUCGUGCGGAUCAUCUGUACUGCAAGCGCUGCAUGUGGAUGCUGGGCCUGAGCACACAAGCCGGCGCCGCUGCCAAACUCUGGGCCGAUGCACUGCGCUGGCUGCCACAACCCAUAGAUGCCACAGCACCAAAGCUUCAGCCUCGCCAGCUCUUCAAGCACUCGACCGUGACGCAACUGAUGCUGCGCCUGCUGAGCACCUUGUGGCCGACGCUACUGCCACCACUCUUCUCCCCGACCAACAGUCGGGCGGUGCUGGUGGCCAACAUGCCGGAUCGCCAGCAGCACCACAUGCUCAUCCAGGUGCUGGAGCCGCAGCUAACCGUGCUGCGGCGCACAGUCAGCGAGACGGAGCAACUGCAGCACUAUCGCGCCUGCAAGCUCUACUUUCGCGUCUUCGGCAGCUGCCCGCCGGAUGCGCCAGUGCUUGCGCAGUGGCAGCAACAGAUCGAGGUGCCCAAGAUGCACAUCUCGCCGCACAUGUUCCUUGAGCUGCAGGCUCGCUUCGAUUACAAUUCGGCACUGAUUCCGCAUGCCUGGCGCUACAAUUCGGAGGAGGAGAAGCUGCUGCUCAGCUACUUCUUCUACGAGACCGAGGCACAGGAGCUGCUUAACCAGCAGCGCCCCAAAGAGCAGCCUCAGCGUGCGAAGCCCAACCAGCCGCCACAGGACACUGAACUGGAAGACUAUGAGACUGAUGCGGGUCUGGACGCCAGCUUGUAUGAGACGGACGAUGAGAGCGAUGACGAGCGCUCGGAUUCGGAUAGCGAACUGACCUCCCCAUUGCUCAGCAAAUCGACGCCCAUUAUGGUCUACGAGCAGAAUCUGGCCAAGCGCUGGCUGAAGCAGCAGCAGCGUCAGCCAUCGCCGCCACUAACGCCGCCCGAUCCGAGUGAAUAGAGUAAUAGCCAGAUCUUCCAGCUGGAGCUUAAAAUCG